AUGUCUUCACUAUCUUAUGAUGAAAAUGAAUUUUCUCAUCGACAAGGAAGUAUUACAUCGGUUGUUGACGAAGAAGAAAUAACAACUGCUAGUGACGUACCAAUAAGACGACAAAAUCAAGAUUUAGCAUCAGAACAACGUUUAUCAUCAUCAUCAUUUUCAAAUGAUUAUUUAAAAGUACCAAAUAUUGAUGAUACUCAAUCAACUAAUAUUGAAAAAGAAUCUCAAAUGGCAACUAUGAAUUUUCAAACUGGACCUGAUAUAAGUAUUGAAGAUAAUACAAUACCAAGUUGGAAACAUUUAUCAAAUAAUAUAUCAAUAGAUGAUCAACAUUAUCGAAAUAUGUCACAAUCAGAUUCAAUGGAUGAAAUUACAGUAAGUUUUGGCUUUCAACAUCAAGAUGAUAUUGAAAAUAGAGAACGAUUAAAACAAAAUUCAACUGAAGAAAUAGAUCCUACAAUUGAUUAUGAAACAUUGGUUCGCUCAAGAAAACUUUAUGUUGAUCCGAAUCCAGAAUACAUACGAAAACCACAAAUGAUUUCUCCACUUACAUAUAAACAAAAUAUAAGAAUUAAAUUUUUAAAACCACCACCUGUUCCACAAGGACCUUUAAUUAUUCGUGAAGUUCGUCCACCUCAACCUCCACCACCACCACCUCUCAUUAUUCGUCAACGUCCUAUACCUCCUGUUUCACAACCACCCAUUAUUCUUCGUGAAAAACCUCCACAAGUACCGAAGACUAUAACAACACAAGUUUUAACAAAAACUCUUCCACCUGUUACACCUCCACCACGUUCAAUUAUUAUUGAAAGAGUACCUUCAUUGCCACCUAAACCACCUGAUGUUAUCAUCGAACGUUGGAUACCUUAUGAAGCUCUGACACAAAAACGUAAAGUUAUUGUUCAACGAUGUGAAGAACCAAAGCCAUAUCCACCACCAAAAAAUGUUAUCGUUACAUAUGAUCAAAUUCAAGUAAAAGUUGUUCGCCAAUUUGAACGACUUGGUAUUUCACCGGAAGAUCCUGAAAAAUAUUCAGCACGUUAUGGAAAUACUUUACUUGAUCCAAAAGAUUUAUUAGCACAAGUAAAAGAACUUGGUAUUACAGAAGAUCUUUCACCACCACUUUUAGCUGAUCGUGAAAUAAUAAAACAAUUAACAACUAAUCCAUUUGAUCAAGUUAAAUUUGAUAAAAGUUUUUCAGGUAAUAAUACAACGGAUAAAGCUAUUUAUAGCGAUAUAGAUAAUAGUACUUACACUCCUACAUAUGAAAAUCUUGUCGAUGGAUCAUCAUCAUCGAUGAGUCAUAAUGAAUGGAGUGAACAUUCGAUCGACCAAGAAAAUAAUACGAAAGAUAUAUAUGCUCAAUUAGCUCAAUAUGGCUUAACGAAAGAACCAAAUUCAUAUUAA